AUUUCGUAUAUUAACACCAAACAUACAAAAAUGGAUGACGUGACUUCCGAUGAUAAUAUAGAUUUCAAUGAGGAAUGGUUGUAUUCCCUGAGAGCAAACGAAGUCAUAGAAGCCGUUGAUAUUCUCAAGGAAAGAUUGAUAACAAAUGUAAACGUUGCUGAUUGCAAUGGAAAUAGCGCAUUACAUUAUUGUGCAGCCAACAAUUUGGCACAGGCAAUUAUAUUUCUCCUUAAAGAGUGCAAAGUGGAUUACUGCCGCCCUAACCAUAGUGGCAAUACCCCGCUUCAAUGGGCUGUCCAGACAAAUAGCAUUGACGCAGUUAGGGAAAUACUAAAGCACGACUAUGAUGUACAUCGGGAGGAGUACACUAGUAGAGAAGGCAUAUCUAUGUAUGGUACAUUCCAGGCAACAGCACUGAAGGAAGAGUACAAAUUAGACGAGGAAACUAAGAGGUAUUACAAUAUAGUACAAUUCCCACCAGGAUAUGCACAGAAUAACAGGAUACAUAUUUUAAUACCAAAUAUAUUUGGGAAAAGUAUACUGAACGACGCAUUCAACGCAUCGGAUCAGAAUAUAUUGUUAGCCAUACUUGAACACCCCGUGGCAUAUGCCAUUGAUGAAUGCAUAGCAGCAAAGGAAGAAGCUGGUUUGGAAAGAGUAGAUGUUAACGGUAUCAGCGGAGUUGUACAUGCCUUUAUUUUCAAGCCCAUAAAACAAAUAGUUAAGGCCAGGGAAUUAGAAAUUAAGCAUACACAAAUUUUAAAUGAACGAAAUGCUGAAAUGGACCAUAGCGGUGAAGUUAUAUGGGAAACUGAUCUUGUUGCAUCGCAAUGGCUCGCUGAACUGGCAAAAGAGGGUAAAUUUGAAGGAAGGCGGGUCUUGCAAUUAGGGUCUGGCUGUGGUCUGUCAGGAAUAGCACUCUACCUUGCUAGCCUCGAGCAUCGUAAGCUACCGAUGAUAUUGAUAUUCACGGAUGUAUGUGAUACCACCAUGUCUAAUUUGCAUUUCAAUAUCCAGUUGAAUGAAAUGCAAGGUAAAUCUGGAGUGUCAAUACUCUCGUUGGACUGGACAAAGCCAUCCACAUGGCCAAUGGAUGGAAAUGGUAACCUCCAAACCUUUGAUAUAAUCAUUGGAAGUGACCUAGUAUACGACUCUCACUUGGUACAACCAUUGUCGAAUACAAUUAACCACUUACUGGAAAGAAAGAAGGGUGAACUGCUAUAUGUCUAUAGGCAAGCAAGGGACGGGUCUAAACUGAUUCCAGAAGCGUUGAGGCAUAUUGGUCUAGAAGUGCAAUCAGUGAAAGCGCCGGUAAAAUACCAAGAUAACCCAUUGAAAUCACAAGACAAAAACGUGUUGGAUGCAUUCUUCCCUGAAUUGGGGGCUGAUGAUUUCACCAUAAUACACGCGCGCAGGAGAUAGACCAAUAAACAUUGC